GAUGGGAGCGGGUGAGGGGACGGCCGAGCCCGCCGGCGGCUUUAAAUGCGGGCCCGGGCCGGUGCCGCCAGCACAGCCGCGCCGCUCGCUCGGACUGCUGCGGGCGCUCACCGACACGGACACAGAGGGGCAGGUGUAGGGCCCCCGCCAUGCCCCACUGAGCCUGCCCGCAUCCCGUCCGCAGCGCCCGCCCGCCACCCCGGCUGCCCCGCAGCCGCCGCCCGCCGCCAAGCUGGAGGAACGCCGCAAGCCCGAGCCCCGGAGGAUGGAGGACGAGGCAGUACUGGAUAGAGGGGCUUCCUUCCUUAAACAUGUAUGUGAUGAAGAAGAAGUGGAAGGUCACCACACCAUUUACAUCGGGGUCCAUGUGCCGAAGAGCUACCGGCGGAGGAGGCGUCACAGAAGAAGAGCUGGGCACAAAGAAAAGAAAGAAAAGGAGAAAAUCUCAGAGAACUACUCGGACAAAUCAGACUUAGAAAACACUGACGAGACAAGCAGCAGCAUCCUUAAACCACUCAUCUCCCCCGCCGCCGAGCGCAUCCGCUUCAUCCUCGGAGAGGAAGAUGACAGCCCCGCGCCCCCGCAGCUCUUCACCGAGCUGGACGAGCUUCUGGCUGUCGAUGGACAGGAGAUGGAGUGGAAGGAGACUGCAAGGUGGAUCAAGUUUGAGGAGAAGGUAGAGCAAGGUGGCGAGCGAUGGAGCAAACCGCACGUGGCCACCUUGUCCCUGCACAGCCUGUUCGAGCUGAGGACGUGCAUAGAGAAGGGCUCCAUCAUGCUGGAUAUGGAGGCUUCUUCCCUCCCACAGGUGGUGGAGAUGAUCGUUGACAAUCAGAUCGAGACGGGGCUGCUGAAACCCGACCUGAAGGACAAGGUUACCUACACGCUGCUCAGGAAGCACCGGCACCAGACCAAGAAAUCCAACCUGCGCUCGCUGGCUGACAUUGGAAAGACCGUCUCCAGUGCAAGUAGGAUGUUUUCCAACCCCGAUAAUGCGCGCAGCCCGCUGGAGAGCUCGGUGCCCUGCCUGGCCACGCGCACGCUGGACGAUGAGCUGGGAGUGCCGCGCAGCCCCAGCGUGGGAUGGCUCAGCAGCCCAGCCAUGGCUCACCGAAACCUGACCUCCACCAGCCUCAACGACAUCUCAGACAAGCCUGAGAAGGACCAGCUGAAGAACAAAUUCAUGAAGAAGCUGCCUCGUGACGCUGAGGCCUCCAACGUGCUGGUGGGGGAGGUGGAUUUCCUGGAGAGCCCCUUCAUUGCCUUCGUGCGGUUGCAGCAGGCGGUCAUGCUGGGAGCGCUCACCGAGGUCCCUGUCCCCACACGAUUUCUCUUCAUUCUGCUGGGACCAAAGGGCAAAGCCAAGUCCUAUCAUGAGAUCGGCCGAGCCAUUGCCACGCUGAUGUCAGAUGAGGUAUUCCAUGACAUUGCCUAUAAAGCCAAGGACCGUCAGGACCUGAUCGCAGGCAUCGAUGAAUUUCUGGAUGAAGUCAUUGUGCUCCCCCCUGGGGAAUGGGAUCCAGCCAUUAGGAUAGAGCCCCCCAAGUCUCUCCCUUCUUCAGAUAAGAGGAAGAACAUGUACUCGGGUGGGGAGAACGUGCAGAUGAACGGCGACACGCCCCACGACGGCGGCCACGGCGGUGGCGGCCACGGCGACUGUGAGGAGCUGCAGCGCACGGGCAGAUUCUGCGGGGGCUUGAUCAAAGACAUCAAGAGGAAAGCACCAUUCUUCGCCAGCGACUUCUACGACGCUUUGAACAUCCAGGCCCUCUCAGCCAUCCUCUUCAUCUACCUGGCCACUGUCACCAAUGCCAUCACUUUUGGGGGAUUGCUUGGGGAUGCUACGGAGAACAUGCAGGGCGUGUUGGAGAGCUUCCUGGGCACCGCUGUCACCGGCGCCGUGUUCUGCCUCCUGGCUGGCCAGCCCCUCACCAUUCUGAGCAGCACAGGACCUGUCCUGGUCUUUGAGAGGCUCCUCUUCAAUUUCAGCAAGGACAAUGACUUUGACUACCUGGAGUUCCGCCUCUGGAUUGGCCUCUGGUCAGCCUUCCAGUGUCUCAUUCUCGUGGCCACCGACGCCAGCUUCCUGGUCAAGUACUUCACCCGCUUCACCGAGGAAGGGUUUUCCUCCCUCAUCAGCUUCAUCUUCAUUUAUGAUGCUUUCAAGAAGAUGAUCAAGCUGGCAGAUCAUUAUCCCAUCAACUCCCAGUUCAAGGUGGACUAUAUCACUCAUUACUCUUGUGCCUGUAAACCACUAGAUCCAGUUAAUAGCUCAUUACUUAACAGGACCAUGGUGCUGUCAGACUAUGAGCUGGUCUCUCCCUCCUCUGAGCUGGCCAACAGCACCAUUGACUGGGCAGCUCUGACAGCCAAGGACUGCUUGAAGUAUGGGGGUCAGCUUGUGGGCAACAACUGUGACUAUGUCCCUGACAUCACCCUCAUGUCUUUCAUCCUCUUCUUUGGCACUUACACCUGCUCCAUGGCCCUGAAGAAAUUCAAGACCAGUCGCUACUUUCCCACCACUGCCCGGAAGCUCAUCAGUGACUUUGCCAUUAUCCUGUCCAUUUUGAUCUUCUGUGGAAUUGAUGCCCUGGUUGGUGUGGACACACCAAAACUAAUUGUGCCAAGUGAAUUCAAGCCAACCAGCCCCGAGAGGGGUUGGUUUAUCCCACCUUUUGGAGGGAACCCGUGGUGGGUGUACCUGGCAGCAGCCAUCCCUGCCCUGCUGGUGACCAUCCUCAUCUUCAUGGACCAGCAGAUCACCGCCGUCAUCGUCAACAGGAAGGAGCACAAGCUCAAGAAAGGUGCUGGAUAUCAUCUGGAUUUGUUCUGGGUGGCCAUUCUGAUGAUUGUCUGCUCCUUUAUGGGGCUGCCCUGGUACGUGGCUGCUACCGUCAUCUCCAUCGCUCACAUCGACAGCCUGAAGAUGGAGACGGAGACUUCAGCCCCUGGAGAGCAGCCCAAGUUUUUGGGAGUGAGGGAGCAGAGAGUCACUGGUGUGAUCGUUUUCAUCCUGACCGGGGUGUCUGUCUUCAUGGCUCCCAUCCUGAAGUUCAUUCCCAUGCCCGUGCUCUAUGGUGUCUUCCUCUACAUGGGAGUUGCAUCCCUCAACGGCGUGCAGUUCAUGGAUCGGCUGAAGCUGCUCUUGAUGCCUCUAAAACACCAGCCUGACUUUAUCUACCUGCGCCACGUCCCACUGCGCAGGGUGCACCUCUUCACCUUCCUGCAGGUGGUGUGCCUGGCCCUCCUCUGGAUCCUCAAAUCCACCGUGGCUGCCAUCAUAUUCCCUGUCAUGAUCUUGGCCCUGGUGGCAGUCAGAAAAGCCAUGGACUACCUCUUUUCCCAGCAUGACUUAAGCUUUCUUGACGACGUCAUUCCAGAAAAGGACAAGAAGAAGAAAGAGGAUGAGAAGAAGAAGAAAAAGAAGAAGGGCAGUAUGGACAGUGACAAUGAUGAUUCUGACUGCCCCUACUCAGAAAAAGUCCCAAGUAUUAAAAUACCAAUGGACAUCAUGGAGCAGGAACCUUUCCUAAGUGAUAGCAAACCUGCUGACAGAGAAAAAUCACCAACAUUCCUUGAACGCCACACAUCGUGCUGAUACAAUUCCCUUCCUUCAAUCACACGCCAUGCCAAGCCCUCCACGAACUCCAGUAAAAGUUGUGCCUCAAAUUAGAAUAGAACUUGAUCCUGAAGACAAUGGUUAUUUCUGGAGGAGCAAGGGAACAGAAACUACUUUGUAAUUUGUCUGUCUGUCCGAUCUUUUACCAAUUCAUUUUGUCACUAGCCAAAUGUUGAGAAGCUCCCUGCUCCCAGCGGCGAAGGUAACGGAGCCCGCCCUGCCCCUCCCCGCCCACGCCCUCGGUGUUUCCCGGACUCCUCCUGCCUGGCUGCGGGGGCAGCAGCGCUCCGGGCCCGCCCGAGCCCCGCGGGAACGCCGGGAGCCGCUGUCUGUGUGUCUGCAGAGCCCAGCUGACCUCCAGGCUCAUUCCGUGUCUGCUCCCACUGCUGGAACGUGCUGCUAACCCUCGUGUAGGUAAAAGAGAAGGUACUUCACUCCCAGCACAGACAGACCAUUGCCAUCGCUGUAGCAUGUUUGGAAACGUCCCUUUCCUAUGCAAUUUUUUUUAAAGAAACACUUUAAUGGACUUAAUCCGUCAGGUACAUGGAAGAGUGUUAUUUUCCUAGAUUAUUUUGUUUAAAUUAUGGGGGCCUAACCUACGACUUUUUUUUUUUUGACAAUUUUUUUAACCUUUUUUUAAUUACUGUAAAGAAAAAUGAAUUUUUUUCCUGCAGCAGGAAACAUAUAGUUAUGAGUAGUUCUACCUCUUAUUUCUAGAUGCCAGGCUUUCUGUAAAAAAUGUAUUGUACCAUAUAUAAUGUGAUUUUUACAAGAAACAAACCCACAACAUCACACUGCAAUCUCCAGGACGUGGCAUAGGGCUGGAUCAGUUCAAUUAACACCUUGUGCUCCGAAGCAUCUGUUUUUCUUAGGGUUAAGUUGGUUCAUGGAGUUUUUUGUAAUGAGCGAUCCCUGUUGUGAAAGAGACUUAAAUCUCUUGUGAUCUUAGAAGAGCAUGAAUGGACAGCUGCUGGUUCUAUCCCUGUUGUUGAUUUCUGACCUGGGAUGGCUCUGUGGUUUUCUUGGAACACCAGUGUGUCCGUAUGUGCAGUGAGAAGAGCCAAGGUGUGCCUCAGGCACAGUGCACGAGGAGGAAGAUGAAGGUGGCCUGCUGGGAUGUUCAUCCUGACACUCAGAUUCACAAAGAUCCUCCUGCAUCCCAGCCCUGUGUUCCACCAUCUGCAGAAUUGACCCUGCACCUUGGCUGCUCUGCCCCACACCAGCAAUGCAGCAGGACUCAGCAGGCCAGGCAUGGGCAUCCCAGGAUUUUGGGGUGCAACCAAGCAAGUGGACAUCACAUCAGGAGAGAGGUUUUCCUCUCUGCAGCAUGUUCCUACUGGUAUGUGCAUCUAAAGGCAUCUUUGGGAAACUGGGCUUCACCAGGACAUGGGGAACACACAAAAAGCUUUGUCCAAAAAUAAAAAACAGAACAAGAAGCAAAAGUACCCCAGCUCUCGAGGUGAAAUUCCUGAUGGAGACAAUCCCAUCACAGAGGAUGGGCACAUGCUGCCACUUGGUCCUUGUGAAACCAAAGUCUGGGUUGGUGAAGUCAAGAGGAAUUUCUGAUGGUGCUGAGACCUUAAAUGCCAAAUUUUAGCAUCUGCUCCCACACAGGAGCCACCACCUCUGUAUAGCCCCUGCUCACCCUUGAGGGGCCUCCCCUUCAGUUUCCAUGAAAUCUGUAUUGGGUAUCUUAGGAACCCAGCUGAAACCUACUCUGAAAAUGCUGGGGAAACUUGGGAAAGGCCUGAAGAGGAGCAGCUCUGGGAUGCCUCCUGCUGCUGGAGGACAGGUAACUUGGGAAGUGUGAUGCCAGCUUAGCCAAUGCUCUCCAUCCCUUGGUGGACACCAGUGCUGGCACCCAGUGGGGACACAGGCUGGAGCACAGGAGCUGCGUGGGGAUUGCUGCACAUCCUGCCCAGACCGUGCGUGUGCAGCAAUCCCACAGGAGAGGUGCCAUCAGCUGGGUCGCAGGGGCUGUCCCGCUCGGUUCCAUGGGCACAGCUUCCAGCUGCUGCUGCCUGGUGACCUGUCUCCCCAAAAAUGAGGUCUUCUCUUCUGAACCGUGUUAAAUACACUUGAAGUGUCCUGACUGCUGUUCUAGAUCUUUCUCUCUCUCUGUGUUGUGUUUUUUGUGUUGCGCUGAGGGCCGCGCUGCCGACAGGACAAAGGCUCUGCAUGAGAAGCGCCGCCCUCUGGCAGCAAAGGUUCUCUGCAGACCUUGGAGAGUAACCAGAACGUCAUUUCGAUCCAAAUUAGGUGUUUUGUCGGAAAAGCCUGGGUGGGCGCUUCAGGAAAUAAGUGUGGAGACUGACCCAAAGCCCUCCAAGAUCAGAGGCAGCCGUCAAAAAUGACCUUCCCCCAGCAAAUGCCAGGUCCCAGCCCGCGGGGAGCCGGCCUGCGCUGCCCCCUCCCGGGGCUGCCGCACCUUUGUAUCUCUGUUGGAAUCGAGUCGCACUUUGAGAUACUUUUAUUCUUGUUCUUAAUUCUCCUAAGUCCGUGCUUUCUUUGGAGGAGGGAACAAGGACUUAGGAUGAAAUGAAGUGGAUCAGAUGGUGGAACUAAAAGGAAAAAAAGCAGAAAACAUUUCAAACAUAUUAAAGUGAUUUUUUUUUUCCAGUAAUAUAAAAAAUGAAAUUCCUUAUAACAUUAUAGUAUUUUACAGUUUUAUGAAGCUUUCUAUUGUGACUUUUAUGGAAUCAAAAGAUGAAGAUGAUGAGAUAUUUUAGCAUUUAUAUUUUUCAAAAUUAAAUAAAUGUAUACUGAAAAUAAAGUAACUUUAUGCAUUCA